GCCCAGCUCGCUCACCCGUAUUUAAGCUCCACGCUCCCACCCCGCACUCGAACCCUAACGCCGGUGCCGCCGCCGCCGCAACCAUCGCCGCCGCCGCGGUCACACAACCAUGGGUAUCGACCUCGUCGCCGGCGGCCGCAACAAGAAGACCAAGCGCACGGCGCCCAAGUCCGACGAUGUCUACCUCAAGCUCCUCGUCAAGCUCUACCGCUUCCUCGUGCGUAGGACCAAGAGCCCCUUCAACGCCGUGAUCCUUAAGAGGCUGUUCAUGAGCAAGGCCAACCGCUCGCCGCUCUCGAUGCGUCGCCUCGUCAAAUUCAUGGAGGGGAAGGGUGACCAGAUCGCUGUGAUCGUGGGCACCGUGACCGACGACAAGAGGAUCACCGAGGUGCCAGCGAUGAAGGUGUGCGCGCUCAGGUUCACCGAGACGGCGAGGGCCAGGAUCAUCAAUGCUGGUGGCGAGUGCCUCACCUUUGACCAGCUGGCACUCCGCGCACCGCUCGGACAAAACACGGUUAUCCUGAGGGGUCCUAAGAAUGCUAGGGAAGCUGUUAAGCACUUUGGCCCUGCGCCUGGAGUCCCACACAGCCACACCAAGCCUUAUGUUCGCUCAAAGGGAAGGAAAUUUGAGAAGGCGAGAGGGAGGAGGAACAGCAGGGGCUUCAAGGUCUAAGUGGCAGCAACCUUGCGAAUACAUGUCAUAUUGCUCGUCAUCUAAACAUGACUGUUUUGGUGCCAGAGUUGCUCCGCUUUAGAUGUCAGAAUCUUGUGCUAUUACUGGAUUGCAGACCAAUCAAAUUUUGCUCUUGUUUUUUUGCACCGUGAGACUUGUGUUUGUCAGCCAAUUGCAAAUAUACUUAUCGUACGUAUCAUUGUGGGUGAUAACUAUGUGGAAGUCUGCCA